AUGGUGAACUCCCAGAUAAACCCAUUUCCUUCAGUCAUGAUCUUUAUCUUCCUGUCCUCUGUUGUUCCAGCUUAUUGUUUACCUUUAGCACUAACAGCCAACCUCACUUCUUGUUUGACUCUUCAUGGCAUUAACAACUUCGCCACAUUCCCCGACGUAGAAGAUGAUCACUCAAAUUACUUUGAGCUCCUCAAAUUUUCAAUUCAAAAUCUCAGGUUCACAAAGUCCACGAUUCCUAAGCCAAUGGCCAUUAUACUUCCGGAGAGUCUGGAGCAGCUACUGAACACUUUUUUGUGCUCAAGAAAAGAAGGGCCGUGGGAAAUUAGAGUGAGGUGCGGUGGACACAGCUAUGAAGGGACUUCUUAUGUUGCCAAUGAUGAGGUUCCAUUUGUAGUUAUUGACAUGAGGAAUUUGAGCCAAGUUUCGGUGGAUUUGGAAUCCGAAACGGCAUGGGUGGAAGGUGGUGCAACUCUUGGUGAGACGUACUAUGCCAUUGCUAAUUCAAGCAACGGUCAUGGAUUCUCUGCUGGGUCAUGUCCAACUGUAGGAAUUAGUGGGCAUAUUGGUGGUGGUGGAUUUGGAUUGUUGUCGAGGAAAUAUGGAGUUGCAGCGGAUAAUGUGGUGGAUGCGAUUCUUAUUGAUGCUAGAGGACGAUUGUUAGACAGGGAAGGCAUGGGAGAGGAUGUGUUUUGGGCAAUUAGAGGAGGUGGUGGGGGUGUUUGGGGGAUUGUCUAUGCUUGGAAAAUCCAGUUGUUGAAAGUGCCACAGGUUGUGACCAGUUUCACAGUCCCAAGACCAGGCAGCAAGCUCCAGGUAGCUGAGUUAGUAUACAAGUGGCAAUAUGUUGCGCCCUACUUAGAAGAUGACUUUUAUCUGUCAUGUUUCGUUGGUGCUGGUCUACCACAAAGUGUAACAACUGGAAUAUCCGCUGCAUUUAACGGGUUUUAUCUGGGUCCUAGAAGCGAAGCCAUAUCCAUUCUAAAAAAUGUGUUUCCUGAGCUGGAUAUUACGGAAGAAGAUUGCAUGGAAAUGAGUUGGAUUGAAUCAAUCUUAUUCUUCUCCGGCCUAAGCAAUGGGAGCUCAGUGUCUGACUUGACAAAAAGGUAUCUGCAAGACCGGGGAUAUUUCAAGGGCAAAUCAGACUACGUGAGAGUCCAAAUUCCUUUAACGGGCAUAAUGGCGGUCCUGAAUUUACUUGAAAAAGAGCCCAAAGGACAAGUCAUCUUAGACCCUUACGGUGGGUUUAUGCAAAGUGUAAGCAGUGAAUCCAUCCCUUUUCCUCAUAGAGAAGGAAAUCUCUUUUCAAUUCAGUAUCUGGUGACUUGGCAAGAUGAAGAUAAAAACAAAAGCAGCAUGUACAUGGAUUGGAUAAGAGAACUAUAUAAUUUGACGACACCAUUUGUUUCAGCGGGUCCUAGGGCUUCCUAUAUUAAUUACAUGGACCUUGACCUUGGAGAGACCGAACUGGUUAUAAAUACUAGUGUUCCAUUUGGGGAUACUGUAGAGAAUGCCAGGGUCUGGGGUGAAAAAUACUUUUUGAAUAACUUUGCUAGGUUGGUAAGUGUCAAAACAAGUAUUGAUCCAGACAAUGUCUUCAGAAAUCAGCAAGGUAUUCCUCCAAUGUCCCGGGCCAGUUUCAAAGCUGAGAAAUAA